UUGAUUAUCUUUUGGGAACCCAAGGGCGCGUACGGUUCAACGCCAUGAAUCGGCUGAUUCUUGUGGCCUUGGUUUUCUUGUCCUUGGUGUGUGGAGCGUUCGCAUUUCUCCACCCCGACGCUGUCUCAUUCUCUCCUAAAACAUGGUUCCCACGAGAUCUUCAGAGGUUAGAAGCGCUUUCUUUUCAGAGCGCGCAACGGCGUCCCAAACCACUAGCGUUCAGCGAUGGGAAAGGCAUGGUGGCGGGAGCCAGUAGUUCGCUGGCUGUACAUGCGGGCACAGAGGCGCUAAAGAAAGGAGGCAAUGCAAUGGAUGCAUGCCUAACAACGGCUCUUACAGAGAUAGUCCUGGCAGCUGGUUCUCACGUGUCAUAUGCAGGAGCAGCCAACAUUUUGUACUAUGACAGUUCUACUGGGGACACCUACAACUUGGACGCUGGCUGGAACAAGCCCUACUAUAUAGACCCGGCCCAGAUCCCUGAACAUCACUCAGAACUUGGCAAUGGGGCCACAGUGCUAGUCCCAGGGUUCAUAGCAGGAGUAUCUAUGGCUUCAGAGAAGUAUGGCUUGCUACCCUUUUCAAAGCUGCUGGAGCCCGCGCAAUACUUUGCCAUGAAAGGAUUUAAACUUCCACCUGAUUUAGCGGAAAAUAUAAGAAAACACUAUAACCCGAGAGGCCUUCUUCGCACUAAGGAAGGAAAGCAGAUUUUCACCAACCCCAAAACAAGGAAACUCUACAAAGUUGGAGAGCGAUUCAGGCAACCUAAAUUAGGAAAAUUCCUCAAACGUCUCUCCAAAUACGGAAAGGACUAUUUCUACCGUGGUCACUGGGCCGAGGACAUGGUUGAGACUAUUCAAAGCCAUGAAGGAUACGUCACAAUGGAAGACAUGACUGAGUAUCAUGUGACGUCACCCGAACCCGCCAGUACCUUAUACCAGAGGUAUCACGUGUUGACGUCAGGUGGGGAAUGGGGUGGUGCUGAACUGGUGGAGAAGUUAAACUUGAUGGAAUUGGCGGGAAUCGGGGAAUCCACUGACUCUUACUUGACAAAUGCCACAAAGCUUUUCUGGCUCGCUUCCAUAACACGUCUUAGUUCUUUCAUUUCGUUUUUCACGCACGCUGUCCCAGAUGGAAAGCAGCUUCUCAAGGAGCAACUUGGCGUGGAUGCUGACAACUCGUAUCGGAAAACAAAGGACGCUGCAGAGGAGCUGUGGGACAAAAUUGCCUCUCCAGAGAAGAUGAGAGACGUAAACGAAAUCAUGCGAGAGAUGUUGGCAAGUGUUGAGAUGGACAUGGAACAACAUUUGCACAGCUCGUCUGGCGUAGUCGCAGUGGAUAGUGCUGGAAACAUGUGCUCCUUGGUGCAUGGCACAAACAGCGGAAUUUGGGGAACAAGCCUUUUCGUGCAGGGAGUAAGUCUUCCAGGUGCUGGAAUCGCUUUGAAAUCCUUAAUAACAGAGACCAAAAGUGGCAAACGAGUACCAUCAGGGCUCCAACCUGUAAUUAUCUUCAAAGAAGAACCUCGAGAAUUUGAUGGAUUCGGUCGCAGAUUCAGACGGGACGUCUCUAUUGCAAAAAAGGACAAAAACCGGCUUUCGGUCAAGAAGAAAGGAUUUUCAAAUCAUGGAUACACCAGGAUGGAAGUACCUCAAAAAUUGGUGGUUCUCCGAACGCAGAACAGGGUCAGAUCGGAACUGUUAGAUGAAUCGCGCGCACAGGCAUAUGAGCAAGAAAAGCAAAAAGAACACCGCCAGCUUGAACACUUGAAAAAACUUGCCGAGCUUGCAGAAAAGGAACACCCGGAUUACGGUCUAUCUGAUUUUCCAGGAGAAUUGACAUUUUCUCGACGGACCCAAAGAAGAGAAAGGACAGAGAUGCUCCAGGAGACUAAAACCACAAAGAAGUUAUCAAUUCACCGUGAACAAUCCAUGCCACCUACGGAGACGCUUGAAGAAGUUGAAGAACUGCACCCUACUGAUCCAUUUCCCCUGAAGACAACCCGCAAUCAACCACCCGAAGCGGAACACCCUGAUGUCAACACCAUUCCUUCGAAUGAAAAACAAGAAAGAGAGGAAGAGGAAGAAAAUGAAAAUGAAUUUGAAGAGGAAACCAUAGAAACAGAAGAACCAACGGAAGGAGAAGAACGACAAAAAGAGGAAGCCAUCGAUAAAGACGAGUCCAAAGAAUUUCCACAUCUGGGAAUUCCUGACGCUUGGAAGUCGGGCACUAUGAUGAAUGAUGUAGACGAGUUAAUGUUCCGUGCCGGCUUGGUGCCAGUAUUGGCUCUUGCAUGCAACGGUCCUUCCCAUCCACUUGUUAUCCCACAGUACUUAACGAAUAUCUUAGACAGUGGAAUGAACCCUAAAGCGGCCCUGGAAGCUCCAACAUUCCUCGCUGCAAGCCCUCAUUCUUUCCAGCAGGACAUUCAGGUGGAAAAAUAUACUAUCGACGAAAAUGUCUUGCAAGAUAUGAAUGAAAUUGGACAGCAAUUGACAGAAGUGGACCCACAGACGGCAGAAGAAGUAGCGGGAACUGGGGUGGCUGUCACCCUCGACAGUGACAGGAAAAUGCUUGGCUGCGCACAUCCAUCCAAGGGAGGAUUGGCCGAGGGCUUAAAGGUACUGGAAGAGUGAGAAAAUGUCUCGCUUCGACUCUGGAAACGGUAUCCGAUGUCAUAUUAUACGGCAGACAAACAUAGCAUAUUAUAUAUUUCCAACAAAACGUAUCUAUGUACAAAUCCUUUCUCGGAACUUUUUAAAAGUUAGAAAUGUUAAGUUAAAUAUGUAUGGGAAUAUAAACGUCUUCAAAACUAUCUAUUUUUGUAUGAACGUAACGACGUUUGGCGUUUGGAUAUCGAGUAGUUUAGAUAAAGUGAACGUUGCCUAACCAAAAGAAGGCUCGGAAGUUUUUUCAGUUUUUUUUUUUCAGAAGUCUCGAAUCACAGAUAUUCCGCUUUCAUAAUGCAACAAAAUGAACAAUUGAUUAAGUUUGAUCUAAACUACACAGUAAAUUGUAUUGAACACGAAAGUAUCAGUGGCUUGUCCGUAAUAAAGAGCCUAAGUUGAUAUCAA